AUGGCAUCUGACCAAGAAGAGCAGCAGCAGCAGCAGCCUGUCGCGCCCUUGAGCGACGCCGGCAGCGCCGUCUACUCCCCGCUGCUGCUCUCCAUCUACGACGCCGUGGUGCUCGGCUUCUCCAACACGUACGUCUGGCGCUGUCCGACCGACGAGGUGCUCCUUCCGCUCUUUGAGUCCGCUAUGGGCGAGCACCACCUCGAUGUCGGCGUCGGCACGGGCUACUUCCCCGCCACGGCCAUGGCCCGUCGCGGCGGCGGCGCGGCAUCAUCAUCGUCGCCGCCGUGCAGGAGCCUCACCCUCGUGGACGCCAACCCCACGGCCCUGGACACGGCGCGAAGGCGUGUGCACCGCGCGGCCGCAGGGUUGGCGUCGUCGUCAUCGCCUGUGCGUGUGUCCGCCGUGCUCGCCGAUGCGACGAAGCCGUUGCCCCUGUCUGUCGCAGAUGGACCUUCCCAGAGCAGUGCUACUGGCGGUAGGGGUAACGAUGACGGCGGUGAUAACAGCGGCUGCACGAGGAAUGGCGUCGUUAAGUUCACCUCCGCCAGCAUCUUCUACCUCCUGCACUGCAUCUCCCUCCCCGCCGAGACCAAGGCGACGCUCGUGCUCGACAGCCUGCGCGCGCACCUCGCCCCAGACGCGACCCUCGUCGGGGCCACGAUCCUGGGCCGCGGGAGGGACGAGCACCGCGGGUGGCUCGCGCGGGGCCUCGGCGCGUUCUACAACCGGCGCGGCAUCUUUAGCAACGCUGAUGACGGCGCGGAGGCGUUUGAGCGCGUGCUGCGAAGGGUGUUUGCGCACGUGGAGGUGUGGUUCGUGGGCGUGGUGAUGCUGUUCCGCGCGAGGGGGUUGCGGGUUGCUGUUGGGCCGCUGGAGGCGCUGCCGACGGAUGGGGAGGGUAUUUGA